ACCCCACGCCGGGGGCCUCGACCAAUGGCCUGCUUCCUAGGGAGCGUUACUUCUGACCUCAACGCUAAUCCGAGAGAGCAGGACGAACUCCUCGCGAGAGCUGAGGUUGAAGCUGCCUCCGCCAUCUUGGAGAUGGGAGACGGGGGAUGGUUGUGGUCCUUCUGCUAAUGCAAACAACAAAACGGGCCCACUAGGCCCCCCGGACGGAGGCUAUCAUCGCUGUAACUGUUGGCCAAAGCGACGGGAGAAGCGAGCGUGUCAGAGCCGAGAGCGGCGACAUCGGUAACCGCUUCGCCCGCCUGCCGGAGCGGCAGAAGUGAGACGCCUGAGGACCAGAAGGAUGGUGCAGUCCUGUUCCGCCUACGGCUGCAAGAACCGGUACCACAAGGAUAAGCCCGUUUCUUUUCACAAGUUUCCUCUUACUCGACCCAAUCUUUGUAAAGAAUGGGAGGCAGCUAUCAGAAGAAAAAACUUUAAACCCACCAAAUAUAGCAGUAUUUGUUCGGAACACUUUACUCCAGAUUGCUUUAAGAGGGAGUGCAACAACAAGUUACUGAAAGAGAAUGCUGUACCCACAAUAUUUCUUUGUACUGAACCACGUGACAAGAAGGAAGAUGUGGAGCCACAAGAACAGCCUUCCCCGCCUCCUCUAAAGCCCCCCAUUUCCCAGGUGGAAGCUGCCAUCGGGUUACUAAUGCCUCCUCUUCAGACCCCUGAUAACCUCUCAGUUUUCUGUGACCACAACUACACUGUGGAGGAUACAAUGCACCAGAGAAAAAGGAUUCAAGAGCUGGAACUGCAAGUUGAAAAACUCAGAAAGAAGCUCAAGACUGCACAGCAACGAUGCAGAAGACAAGAACGACAGCUUGAAAAGUUAAAGGAGGCCAUGCACUUCCAGAAAGAGAAAGACGUCCCAGAGAGAGGUUUUGUGUUUCUCCCAGAAAAUUACUUUGAAAUAGUUGAAGUACCAGUAUAGAAAAAAAUGAAAUUUGUAUUGGUUUUUAAUGGGGCAAUACCACAUACCCUCUUCUAGCCUAUAAAGGAGUUUCAUUUGAAAAAAUAGCACUUGAUUACUUGUAUAAAAACAAUUCAGAAUAUUUUUUUAAAUAAAUUAGAUAUAUACUAUAAAAUUGUUAAUUCUUUGGUUUGUAAUUUCGGGGUUUAUACCUUUUAACAAGUAUUUUGAAAGUUACAAACUAACCUCAGAGCUCCAAUAUAAGUUGGUUUCAAGACUGAGGGUUUUUGUUUUUUAAUUUGAGCAUUUAUAGAAAUAAUGUAAAAAUAAAGGAAAGAGAAUGAGAACAGUACAAUAAAGAUGAUUUAAAUUGAAAAUUGAAAAUUAGUUUAUUGAGAGAGCUUAGUUAUAUUUUAAAUCGGAAGUAUGGGUUAGAUCAUGGGACAUAACUUCUCAGAAUAUAGUGGAGCCUCGUUUCUCAAGCUUAAUUCUUUCCAGAAGGCUGUUUGAGAAAAGUGAUUUGUUUGAAAACAGAAUCAUUUUUUCCCAUUAGAAUUAAUGUAAAUUGAAUUAAUUCAUCCCAGACCCCCAAAGGAUUCCCUGUUUCAACCUUUCUUAUAUACAGUACAUGGCUAAUGUACUGCUUAAUUUAUAAAUAAAUUUAUGGAACCACCCCUAUUAGCCUUAAAGGAAUUUUUCAUACAUCUCUGCCUCCAGAAUGCUAUCACAGCUAACUUCUUUUCCUUUAUCCAAUCAACAACAGUUUUUCUACCUAUUCAAUUGCCUGUGAUUGCUGUUUUGUGAGCACUUUCACACUCUUAGCUAUAUUAGCACUCUGAAUGGCAUCUUUAUGUAUUAAAAUUGUGCUAAUUGCCAGCAACAAACCAUUCUCUCCUUGUUGCCUUUGAGAAGCUUUUUGUUAUGUUGAUACCUCAUCAUGAAAGAGUUGGUGGUCAAAAACUGAAGUUUUUGUUUUUCUAUGAAUGACUUAGUCCAGAACCAAAUUGUUCUGAGAUGGGAUAUGGUUGAGAAACGAGGUUUGACUGUAUAUAAUCUUAUUCACACAUUCUUAUUUGUAAAGAUAGAAGUUUCAUUUAUCUUAAAGAUAAAUUGACAAGCCAAUGCAUUAAAAAAAGAUGGGAUAUCUUAAAAUCAGAAAAUGAAGAGUGGAUAUUUUAAAAGUGGGCCCCUCUUUCUUGCCCCAUUGUUUAGCAUUAUAAAAUUAAAAGUAUAUCUGCAGUGAAAGGAACACUCUUUAACAAACAGGAAGCCUUGUUAUCAAUGAAGUAAUAAAAAUGGUUCUGAUCCAUGUCAGUAGAGUUUGAUUUGUACCAUAAUGUAAUUUUUUUAAAAUAUGUUUUUAUUGAUUUCAGAGGGAGGAAUAGAGAUUGAGAGAGAGAGAGAAACAUCGACGAGAGAGAAUCAGUUGGCUGCCUCCUGCACGCUUCAAGCUCACAACCCUGACGGGGAAUCGAACCAUGACUCGGGUUCAUGGGUCAAUGUUCAGCUACUGUACCACACUGACGGGGCCAUAAUAUGGUAGGUAAUCUUGACUAAUUGAUUUUGGUCAAGAUCACAUAAAAAGUGAUUUCUUCACUUGAUCACAAAUUAGAAAUUAUAUCUCACUUAAAUGAUUUGUAUUCAAAAGUAACUUAAUAUGUAGUGUUUAUUUUCCUGAAUGUUGAGAUUUCAACACUGAGGUUUCUGUUCAGACUGUGAAUUGUAUUCUGACUGUGAUAAAUUUUGCAUAUAUUUGAAAUGAAAUAUGUUCUGAGUAAAGAAAUACUGCCAUAGCAGGAACCUACUUAGAUUUAAAGUAACAGUUUCAACUAUAAUUAUUUUAAAUUUCAAAGUACACUGAGAUAGUUGAAGAGUAACAGACCUUUUAAGGCAGUAUUAAAAAUGAUGUUCAAAGUGUUUUUGUAGACCUAUUUUUCAGUGUAAUUCACUGCAAGGCUGCCAAUGAUAGUACUUUGAUUCAUGGAGAUUUGAUUUUUGAUGAACCAGUAUUUUAAAAACAGAACAUUUUGAUUCAAAGAUUACUUGAAGCUAUUUAGUCUGAUAAUAUUUAGAACUAAUUCUAAUGAAUCACAACAUUUUCCAAUUGUGAAGACUCCAUUUCAUCUCUCUAGCAAUUCUUGGAGGAUAUGUAGAUAAAUAUUUUGUUUUUAUAUAAAUUGUUGUUUACAUAAAAGAAAGUGUGUGUAUGUGUGUGUGUGUGUGUGUGUGUGUGUGUGUGUGUGUAUACAUACACGUGGCCAUAUGUGGGCAUGUGUGUGUGUCCAGAAUCAAGAAUCCAACAUUGAAUUGUAAAAGUGAUGAUAAUAAUUACUAAGCAUCUUAGCAUUAUGAUUUAACCUGAAGCUAUUUUCUUUUCAUGACAGACAUACAUCCAUGCUUCGAGAGAACUGAGCAAGAAACAUGUAUACCAACCGUUCGCAUAUAAAUAAUAUGUUAUAGUUUAACAUGGGGAUUUUGAGGUAUAGGUGCUUAUUUCUGAAUUUGAGAUGUAACAUUUGUUGAAUGUUUUAAAAAUUCAUUUUGUGUAUUAUUUAUAACAUUGCCAAGAAAAGGAUAACAUUUAGGCUAAAGUAGGUCUUGUUCAAACAUAGUUAAACUCAUUCUAAAACAGGGACAAGAUCUCAAUCUUAAACAAAGUGGGAGAGGACUUGUGAACUGCAGCAUAUUCUCAAAGGCAACAUUUUAACAUAUAGCAACGCACUAAAAUAUCCACCUGUGUGUGACAUAAUCUAGCUAUAAUUAAUGGUGAGAAGAAAUAAUUGUUUCUUAAUAGAACUGCCAGGGAAACUAGAAUUUUAGAAUAGAAGGGACUUAGAAAUCAUUGGGCACUAGCCCAACCUCUAAACCCUGAAGGAAUUUCCUUGUAAAAUAUUGCUGGCAGUGGUCAUCUGUUCUUUCUUUGCCGUUUACAUUUAAUCAAUUCUGGUUAGAUUCUUUAAAUUGGGUAUUGGGAUUAGGAUAGAAUUAGUUGCCACUGUUUAUAUACUUGUUUAUAAUACAAAUAUAAACUUUACUUUGAACUGCUGCAUAGUUUGAACUGUCAAAUUCUAAAUUACAGAAGUUUUGAAAAUUUGUAAAAUAAUUUAAAUGUUUACUAAUUGUUAUACCUGUUAUGUGUGCUAAAAAUAUUUCUGCCAUUGAAGUAAAAAAGCAAAACAGUGGUGUCUAAAAUUACUAGCACAACUUUUUACUUGGAAAUCCAAGUACAUGAAAUUAUUUUCCUUUGUAAUUUGUGUAAUCCCUUUCUUAGCAGUAUAAUAAUAAUGGUGAAGGCAAAUAAAAGUUUCACUUGAAUGGACUUUUUUA